AUGGCGGUCAAGACCAUCGAGACGGCAGACGGCGUGAGGAAGGCGCAGCAGACACUUGGCAGUCUGCGCCUUCGCCAUCAUGAGACGAACGAGAUCAUCCUCAUCCCGACUCCAUCGGACGACCCCAAUGACCCGCUCAACUGGCCACGACCGUACAGAUACUAUCUCGCCAUCCUCCUCUCGCUUGCCAUCUUCUUCACCAACUUCCUGGCGGCGGGCCCGACCGUGUCCAUGGUUGCCGUCACCGAAGACUUCUUUGGGCCGCCCGGCCCCAGCUUCGAGGCCAACGUCGCCAAAGCGUCAUACUUCUUCACCAGCACGGCGCUGCUCCAGGGCAUGAGCAACCUGAUGUGGAUGCCGCUGAUCGUCAAGUACGGCCGGCGUCCCAUCUACGUGACUUCGUUCGUCCUCUACACGGCAUGCGCGGCGUGGGCGGGCGGCGCGACCAGCUACGGCAGCGAGCUGGCCGCACGCAUCCUGAUGGGCGCCGCGUCGGGGGCAUCAGAGACGCUGGCCCCGCUGACCAUUUCCGACAUCUUCUUCCUGCACGAGCGCGGCUCCAUCAUGGCCAUGUACACCUGCUUCCUCGGCGCCGGCGUGGGCGGAGGCAUCCUGAUCUGCGGCCUCGUCAGCAUCAGCCUCGACUGGCGCUACGGCUACUGGAUCGCCGUGGCCCUCAUCGGCAGCGCAACCGUCCUCAUCAUCUUCACCUUCCCCGAGACCGAGUUCGACCGGGCCGCCGCCGUCGUCUCCGACUCGGACUCGAUCCGCGACCUCGAGUGCCGCAAGGGGUCCGACUUCUCGGUCGAGGCGCAGCGCGUCGAGUCGACGUCGGCCGACAGUCCGGCGCGCAGCAGCAGCCACGCACAGCCGCACGCACACGCGCACCCGCCGCCGCCGCCCAAGCGCUCGUUCGUGCAGAGCCUGCGCAUCUUCAGCGGGGUGCACACGCAGGAGUCGCUGGGCAAGCUCUUCUGGCGGCCGGUGGUGAUGCUGGCGCUGCCGCCGAUCCUGUGGGCGACGCUGUGCAUGGCCGUGACCAUCGGCUUCCUGGUCGCCAUCACGUCCAACUUCGCGUCCGCCUUCAGCACCGCCUACGGCUUCGCCCCCUACCAGGCCGGCCUCUGCUUCAUCGCCAGCAUCCUCGGCUCCCUCGCCGGCAUCUUCUUCGGCGGCCACUUCUCCGACUGGGUCGCCGACGCCCUCACCCGCCGCAACGCCGGCGUGCGCGAGCCCGAGUUCCGCCUGCCCGCCAUCAUGAUCAGCGUCGUCACCGGCCCGCUGGCCCUGGUGCUGUACGGCGAGGGCAUCGGCCAGCGCUUGCACUGGAUGUGCGCCACCAUCGGCUUGGGCCUGCUCAACUUCUCCAUCGUGCAAGCCACAAACGUCACCCUCGUCUACACCAUCGACGCCUACCGCCCCGUCGCCGGCGAAGUCACCGUCACGCAGCUAGCCUUCAAAUCCGCCUUCGGCUUCCUCCUCUCCUUCUACACCAACCCGUGGAUCGCCGAGGCGGGCUACGAGCGCGCCUUCGGCGCCAUGGCCGGCAUCGCCGGCGCCGUGCUCAUCGGCUGGGUGCCGUUUUACGUCUUCGGCAAGCGCAUCAGGCACGCCACCUGGCAGUGGGGGUUCGUGCGGCGGCUGGCGCACUGGGAUCAGGAUCGUGAGGUUGGGGAGUGA